AGUUCUAUUGUAACUUCCAUCACGAACAGACGAAACUGUUGACAUGAAGUUAUCAAUUUUAGCAUUUGCUGUGCUCUUGAUAGUUCAAGUAGCUGUGGCAGGUCCACAAUUCUUCAGUCAAUCGGUUUCUUCAUCAAGUUUCACGGGACCAAACGGUCAAGUUAUAUCGAGCAGUCUUUACACUGAUUCCGCUGGCAAUCGUGUCGAGAAUGGAGUAAAUUAUCCUGCCAACAGUGGUCCACCGCCAGCUUCUCAACAAUAUCAAAACCCAACUCAAAGACCAACUCAAAGACCAACAGCUCCACCACAAAGACAAACUACUAGAGGUUCAUCGAAAUAUGAUUCAGGACAAUACAUUUUAGCCUUGACGCUUUGGUUUGUUGACUUAACAAAAGCUAUGUCGUUUAGUCAAUCAGUUUCAUCAUCAAUCGCUGUUAGUCCAACUGGAGGAAUUGCAUCAAACUACUUUUACACAAAUUCUGAUGGAGUUAAGGUCGUUAGUGGAACAAACGUUCCAAUUCCACCAAAGGUGCAAAUACUAAGUCGACCAGAUUGGGAUAUUGAUGAAAGGCGAUGAACUCACUCACUCUUUCCACAUAUAAAAUCGUUAGAGGGAAAUUCAAUUAAAUUAAUUUUUGAUUGAGGCUUGUACACUUUUUAUCGUCAAUAAAACUUCAAUGAAACAAAUUAAACAAC